CUUCUAAAAUAAUAGAAUGAAAAAUCUAAAAAAAAUAUAUGAUAUACAUUACCAUGCAAACUUCUACCGCAAAUUGGUUUGAACGAGAUCUAGUAAGUAGUUUUUUUAAUACGUCAUAUAUGGUACGAAACCCGUCAUGGGCGAGUCCGACUCGCACUUGGCCGCUUUAUUUUAGUCUAGAUUUAAAUAAGUUAAGUGGCAAUUGGUAAAGUCAUCAUGCAAUUGAUUGUAAAUACUAACUGACAUACAAUAAGCCUUUUUCCGUUUUGGUUUGGUGAUCCUAAACAAAUUAAAUAAAAUAAUAAUAAUAAUGUUGAAUAUCCAGAGACGAAAAAGAUGGCUAAGUUUGUAUGAAAAGGUGAUUUAGCGUGGGCCCACUUUCGUAUGUUAGCUGUUAAUUAACUUUUCCCACUACGCGGCGCCUCUAUCGCUCACACAACCAUCACAUUUUUUUUCGCACCAUCGUCGUCCAGGGACUUAAGUAAGUAUAAACUGUAAAUCAAAAUCACUUGCCGAACGCAAGCAAAAUUAAACCGUAGCCAGUACAAAAGCGCUCUCAGACCACACAUAAUUACUUCGAAACAAAGGGUCACUCUUGACUGGCUAUAAAAAAAAACCGCAUUCACUCUCGCCUAUUUCCACUCCCGCGCACGCGACACAGGUGCAGCUGCAUCAGUUGCGUCCCGACCGUCGCUCGGGGCAGACGUGCUGCUAGUAGGGGGCCGCGUGCGCGGGGGCGGCGGUACCGGUCUUGCGACCUGACGACCUUAUCCACUCACUUCUGAACGUGAAGUUGCAACUAGGAGUAUUUUCGUGGGAAACGCUGUUUUGAAGUGAGUUUUAAGUUUUUUUGGUCGUGAAAUAGUUGUUUGUAAAGUGUGGAUGAGGAUUCCUUUCGCCAAUCUGACGUGCAUCUUUAAGUUGAAGCUGGACAGCGUUCACCCCAGAUGCUCUAGCAGCCAACAUGUGCACCACCAGCGUGAGUGAAGCUCCGCGCAGCCCGCGCCACCUGCACAAGCGGCGGCGCCUCUCCCGUCUCCUCGACAAGCUCUCCAUCCAGCUACAGAACAACAACCACUACCCGCAGUGGGAGAAGAUGCCCGAAGAUGUACCUCUAGACUUAUCAGUUAAAUCCAAAUCGCCUCCAGCUUAUUCUUGCGACGCUUGCGGGCAGACGUUCACAGUACACGACCGAUUAGCGAAGCACGUAGCGUCCAGACAUCGGAAUAGAGUGCCGGAGAGCGAGCGUGCGUAUGAGUGCGAAAUUUGCGAACGUCGCUUCGCACGCUCGGACAUGCUGACGCGCCACGCUCGACUCCACACCGGGCAUAAGCCUUACACUUGUCCUGCUUGCGGCCAAGUGUUCUCCAGGUCUGAUCAUCUGGCGACGCAUCAUAGGACACAUACAGGAGAGAAGCCCUACAAGUGCUCGGCGUGCCCGUACGCGGCGUGCCGCCGAGAUAUGAUCACGCGCCACAUGAGGACACACACGCGGCGACCGCAGCCCGCCUAGCUGUGGGACUGGACCUUGCUGGUCCCAAUAAUAGAGUGAAGUUCCAAACCAGAGACGUUUUAGAACGUAUUGAGUGCAUUUAACUUUUCGUUUUGUUUUGCCUAUUUAUAGAAGAGUCAUUCCAGCUAAAUCUGCGCCGACAAAAUGUGCCAACGCCACUACAAUAAUAUCAUAUAUGUAUAACUUUAUAAUUAUAUGUUCAUAUUUAUUUCAUUACCUACGAGUGAAUCUGUUUUUGUUAAAUCAUUGGCGCCACUAUUCGAUGCCAUAUUUUUAGAGGACUUUGAAGUACAUAUAUGGUUGUAGCUUGACCAGUCGGUGCAGUUAGCUUAAAUUUACAGUCAAAUAAUUUAAUGGCUGUACCAUUUUGUACUUUGUCACAGUGACAUACAAUAUGAAAGUCGCUAGAUCCCUCAUACUAAUGUUACUGUGACAAGGUAUUAAAUGGUACUGAAAAUUAAUUCCUUGUCUGUACUCUAAUAACUUUAAAUAAGUAUGUUUGAUUUAAAGUCAGCAUUAUUGUAGAUUAGCCUGAAAUGUGAGUAAGGAAUAUCGCAUUGCGUUUAAGAAAGCUUAUGUAGUUGUUUGAAACAUUUGACGAUAGGUGUAGUGUGAUAUAUUAAAUAUAUUAAAACUGUCGCUAAUGUAUUUUAAGUCGCAGUUAAGUCGAGCUACAUUUGACUUAAAAUACGUGAGUGACCCAUUUUAAUAUACACCGUGUUUUUUUAAUUCCGUUAACUUCAGGGUAUGGGUAAGUACGUUUAAAGAAACUAAAUGGCAUAGUUAAUUAAAAAAAAAACUUAAUAUUUAUGUAAAAAGUUUUUAAUGUUGCAUAUAGCAUUUAAUCAAACAAUUGAAAACUGUGACAUAUCAAUGUCAUUUCGAACAUCGAUCGUCCGAGAUAGUAAGUACGUUUAGUAGCAAAUGUAUAAACUAGUACUAAACAGUAAUCAAUAUGUAAACAGGCGCUAAGGCAAGUGUAUACUCUCAUAAGAUCCUUAUAAGAUAAUAAAUUAUUUAAUUGAGUUAAUUAGAAUAGCGGUGUCUUUGAGAAAGAUUGUAAAUAAAAGCUCAGGAAUGCACCCUUGAAAUACCGGAAGUCAAUAAAACACGGUGUAUAUUUAAAAUGUCUGUGCAUCAAGUAAGUAUUGUUAACGGACAAAAGUACUGUUGUUUACAGAUCUAAGCUUAAAUGAUAUCGCUUUUCUAGGUAUUAAGAACAUAGUAUGUUAUCAAAGUGCAUAAUUGAAAUGUUCCUUUGAGACUGUACGACAAUAAUGUUUGAAACAUAGAUAUUUUGUACGUACAAACCUUGUAUUACUACUUGUAUUAGUAAUAAUAAUAAAUCCGUUUAUUUAAGACAGAAUAGGUCCAAUCGCAUAACAAUGUUAAUUUUUUUUUUAAUAGUAUUGACAUUUUGAAAUAUUUUUCCUUUAAAGCACAUUAACGGUUUGUUUAUUAACUAAAACUAUUUACUCAGAUCCGUAAAUAUUUAGGCCAUACUGAGUACUAUGGGACGAACCCCGAAACAACGAAAUAAUAUUAGGCUAUUUCGUACAUUUUGGCUGGUAUGACGUUGAUAUUUUCUAUGGGAUAGUAAUUUUUUUUUCGAUAUUUCGUGCUUGGUCCCAUAGUAAAGGUACUCAGUAUGGCUUGAGUACAUUUACGGGUUUGAGUAAAUGGUUUUAGUUAAUACUGUGUUCCCUAAUAAGAUGGAUUUGGUUAAAAUCCUGAAAAAGUACUUUAUUAUUUCUUGAGUAAAAUUGCGUUGUUUUUUUUUUCAAACAUUGAGUCAUUUAGGGUCCUAGCUUAAUUGGUUAUCUAUAGUUACGCUAUAAUGUCCAAUUUAGCUAGAUCCCUAAAUGAGUCAUGAAUCAAGGAGCGUGACUGUACUCAUAAACCGAGAUAAAUAAAUAUUUUUAAACAAGUAUUUGGGGUAAAUAUGUUUAAAACAUUUAUAAAAUGUUUACGCUGUGACUGUACAAAUUCAAUUUGAGAGUUAUAUUAAUAAAAAGUUCCAAUUUCAAAAGCGAAGAUGGCUUAGAUUAAGGAUUAACUAGGUAAGUUUUAUAUGAAUGAGUAAAGAGAUACUUCUGUCUCAUAAUGUUUUCUAUGCUUAUUGUUUUUACAUUUACAUUUAAUGUAAAUAUGUUAUUUAAUACAUAUGGCUGUAUUUUGCAGAAAUAGUUGUUUGUUAGAAUAAAGUUUCCAUAGAUCGUGUCUUUCACGCAGACGCCUACCUUGACUCUCAUUGUCAUGUUAUUAAAGGAUAGAUUUGACAAACCUGCGCGUCUUCGUGAAUGACGCGAACUAUAUAUGUGAUGAUGAAAAAGGUAUUGUAUAGAAUAUUAUAAUUUCUUAAAGCUCACUUGAUUGAAUCAUGGAGGAGAUGGGAGGAGACGUACGGGAACCAUGUAAAGUCAGGCCAAGAUAAGUUGGCAGCAAUUUUGGUAGCCCAGACACUAAGUGUUAUAUGGAAUUAUGACGGUUACUUAACACUUGCACAGACUGGGCUAUCGAAAUCGCUGCUAACUUACUUUGGUCUGAAUCUAACAGCAUGGUUGUAACUAGUAAUUCAGCGGAGUGGAGAAGACCAAUGCUAUUGUGGGUCAUCCAUUAAUUACGUCACACGUUUCCGGGGGAGGGGAUCGGGGGGGUUUGUGACGUCACUUUACCUACAACGGUAACCGUUUAUUAUUUACAUUUAAAUUAUGAGUUCUUGUGACGAAAAUCGUUUUUACAAGCUUUCUAUUAACAUGCAAUGUACCUAUGUAUCAUCAUCAUUCUCCUGGCGCAUUCCCGAUUUGGGGUCGGCCCUCCUGAUACAUGAUCGCCACUUGUCGCGAUCUUUAGUCAUUGCUGGCGUUAGGCCUAGCUCCGUCAUGUCCUUGGAGAUGGUUCUAGACGUUCUAGUCCAGUUGGUUGGCGGGUGGCCUCUGCCUCUCUUGCCCUCGUCUAUAUCCAUAUAUUUUGACGACCAGUCUGGCCUAGUUGGUAGUGACCCUGCCUAUGAAGCCGAUGGUCCCGGGUUCAAAUCCUGGUAAGGGCAUUUAUUUGUGUGAUGAGCACGGAUAUUUGUUCCUGAGUCUUGGGUGUUUUCUAUGUAUUUAAGUAUUUAUACAUAUUUAUUUUAUAUAUUAUAUAUAUCGUUGUCUGAGUACCCACAACACAAGCCUUCUUGAGCUUACUGUGGGGCUUAGUCAAUUUGUGUAAUAAUGUCUUAUAAUAUAAUAAAAAAAAUAUAUAUAUCCAUCACUCGUCUCGUCAUGUGGUGUUCGUUUCCGCGCAUUACAUGACCUAUGUAUGUACGGGUCAAAUCUUGCAAGUUAUAUUUGACCCACUUCCCGGUUACCGAUAAAGAUGAAUAUUUGCAUAGUCGGGUGACAAUGUAAGAAUAUGGUGCCAUAGAGUUGAUCUGAUGAUGGAGAUAGGAGGUGGCUGAAGGAUAGGAACAACGCAACUUAAUUGUGUUUGGGGUUUUUAGAAUUGUCUCGAUGAGUAUUAGUUGCCUGUAGAAAGAAAAGUACAGUCAGCGAUAAAAGCUUGUACCAAAAAUGAUUAUACGUGUAAUUUUCUUUCCUAAUUGGUUUUGUGUUAUAAAAUUACUAAUAGUAACAAUCCAAAUUAAAAGGGACCUUACGUUAGCAGCGACCGCCUUAAGGUCCCUUUUAAUAAGGAUUGUCACAUAUAUUUCUUUUAUUUUAUUUUUUUUUAAUUAAAUUAAUAAUAUCUAAUUAGUAUUGCCGAUUCGUGUCAAAAAUGUGACGUCACACCAGGGGGGAAGCUUGCAAAUCGUGACCAAGUGUGACAUGGAGGAGGGGAGAGGUCAAAAAAUCAAGAAAUUUGUGUGAUGUAAUUAAUGGACCCCUUGGUUGAUUCUUUAGUAGAUUAAAAUAGUGAUUUAACUGUGGAUGGAAAUUUCAUGUAUACAAGGAGGUCCAGAAAUACGUCGACAUAUAUUUUUUCGCGGCACAAUGUUAAUAAUUUUAACAAGUGUGUGCGUUUUAAAUAUUAAAAGGAAGGAAUUGGUUAAUUCAAAAGUAAUACGUUUUUUUAGUUAAAUUAUUGUUGUUUCUCUUAUUAGUGACAUUGUGUAAAAAAAACACAAGUCAAGUAAGAAAAAUAAUUCUAAUAAUUAUUAUGUUAACGUAUUUUGGGCCACACUGUAGUGAGUAAAAGCAUACGAGGCCUACGUUUAAGUUUAGUAUUGUUUUUUUUUUUAUUAUUAAGUUGUUUUUAUUUGAGUGCUGGUUGAUUUUUUAUUGGUUAAUAAUUUCACGUUCAAAUAUCGUUGCGGGAACGAUUAUAAAAGUUAUUUUUCACAAACUUUUAUACAUUUUACUGUAUUGUUCGUGUUAUUUCAGAAUGUAGUUUUAAAAUGAGAGCGUAAUUUCGAUUGUAUGGCGGCGCCUAGGUUUGUGCGACUUGAGACGAAAACGCCUUAUACAUUGUCCUCAUUUUCCUCUCUGGUUGUUAACAUUAUUGAAAAUAUUUGACACAAUUUUUUGUAUAUAAACCACAGCUAUGCUCCUACGUUUGACCUUUUUUUUAAUAGCCUAUUUUGUGUCCCACUGUUGGGCAAAGGCCUCCCCUUUUUUCCGCCACUCAUCACGGUCAUCCCGCCAUCUCUUUUUUGGUCUGCCUCUGCCCCGGCUAAUCUGCGGUGUCCAUUCGGUAGCCAAUUUGGCCCACCGAUCCGGGUGCAUACGGCAGACGUGUCCUGCCCAACCCCACUUAAGCUUAGCGGCCUUAACACCAACAUCUAUGAUACCAGUUCUGGAGCGCAGUUCGGUGUUCCUAACUCGAACGUUUGACCUUAUUCGAAAUAUUUAUUAUAAUUAGUGUUUAAUGCUUCUAUUAAACAUUUUUUAAGAAAUCUGUUUUUCGCACCUAGUUUUUUAAAUAAUCGAAAAAAGUAAACAAAAAAUAUUUUUCAAUGUCAAUAUCGAGAGAGAAAAAUGGGAGCUACGUUUGUGUGGAGAAGUGGCCCUUUCCUCUACACAAUCGUGCCGCAACAAGUGUAAUUUGAGUUGAAUGAAUAUUUAAUAAAAGUUAUAAACUUGUAUAAUUCAUCCUAUUUUCAUCUGUGUUAGUACUGUUAGUGUUACUGCUUUAUUCUGUCUUUAGUGUUAUCGAGUGGAUAUUGUUUUUUUUAAUUAUGAAAGUUGUGCCAAAUCACUAAUUAGAAACUUGGAACUACGUAUAACAACGAUGCGACGUUAUACCGCAAAAAAUGAUGUUUCAACAUGUUAUAUUAUUUUAAUAAAAUUUAAAAUAUA